UUCCAUCUUCAUCUAUGCAUUCUUGUCUUCGGAUGAAAUGACUUAUUUGAAGACUUUGAAACCUGAUCUCUUCAAAAUAUUUUUUCUUUAAAUUUAGAGAACAAUCUAUAAACCAUUUGAGCAUAAAUUCCAAAAUCAGGUGCAUAGGCAAUCGAUCAGCCAGAUCUCUCAGCUUAAUUAAGUUUUUUUCUCUUCAAAGCUAAUGAAAAGCGAUCAAUUUUGCUUUGACUUGCUUCUGUGUAUGUAUCUGAUAAUUAAUAACAUUAACUGUUGCAAGAAACUAUAAUAGAUUAAUAAUAGUUGUUUGAUUCAAAGUAGAAGAAAUUUUUUAAGUUCGGGUGGUGCUCCACUCUUCUGGAGCUUAAUUACACAUUUGGGUUUUCAAACAGCUAUUUGGAUACAGUCAGACGAAUUGCCUCGAGAUGAUAUAUAAGUAGAAGAUAUUGAUGCUGAAUCACCCGAGGAAGAAAUCCUUACAUGUAAGGGGGACUUGUGGCUUAUGCUUUCUAACAUACAACAUCAAGAAAUACUUCGACGAAGGAAUAGAGCAAGGGUAAACCCCAAAUGUCUACCCACUUCUUCUAAGGAUUUGAUCAUAACCAAGAGAGCUUUGGGAUUUAUGGAAUAUUUACGUUCCAUGUUCUACAGUGUAUUUCUCAUUUCUCCCAGAUUUCUCGUGGCAUUGCACAUAUUGUGUUCAAGUAUCCUAAGAAAUCGAGGAGAAAAAUUGAUACUCCAAUUUGAUUCAAAAUUUGUAAACUCUCAUGAGGCAGCAACACAGUUAAUACAACUGGGCUUUGGGGAAGCCUUUAGGGAAUUCUUCCCACUAAUAGUAGAUACAAUGAUGAUAAUAUUGUGUUAUCUGCUGAUUUUGUGGCUUGUUUGUCCACUUCAUCCAGUAUUGCAGAUUUUUAUCGUCCUAACAUUAAUAGUGGCACCAUGCUAUUAUGUUCCGGAUCUUGUGGGCAUGGCAUCAAGAGUUGGUGUGACUUGCGGUUUCUUCAAGCUGCCUCUCAUAUGGUUUACAGUCCCAGGAGCUCUUGCUUUGACUCUGGUAUGUGUUUUGAGGUCACUGCUAGAGAUUUACCUUAUUCGGAGAUAUAUGCAUCCAAGGGGACAAGUAAGAGAAGUUAGUUUGGAUGGCUUCUACUCAUUUUGAAUGAGGUGAACUAAUGUUUUUGCAUGUUGUCACUGCUUUGGACAAGUUCCUAGGACGUUGUAUUGAACUUAUAAUAACUGAUUCUUUACAUGAUGUUAAUAUCAUUGUAUAUAUGUUCAUGAAU